AUGAAGGGCUUCCUUCUCUCUGCAGCAUCAUUGCUGUUUAGCACUGCCAAUGCGCUUCCUUCUAAGGCUGCCACCGGGCCAUUCUUGACGCAAGUCGACAACACGACAUGGGUCCUCGGCAAUGAGAUCUGGAACGUCACCCAGGAGCAGAUCUACGGCGUCAAGCUGAUGUACAAGGAGAAGGACUGCGUUGGAGAAGCUGUUGGCCACUAUGUUAGUUACAACGGCGCAGCGUCUAACCUGCAGUGGACCUCGGCAUCUAUCACCAAGCGAGGAACCUACCAAGGCAAGCAAUAUAUCGAUGUCUCUUUCACUGCUGCAGAGGGAGACAUGCAUUGGGUCAUUUUCUCCGGUCUAUCUGGUGCUUACCAGUAUUUCGUGAACCAUGCUCUGCCGACUCUCGGUGAAUUCCGCACGCUCUGGCGGUUGGAUAAUUCGACCUUCACAAAGGGUAGAACCAACAUCAAGGACGAGGAAUUGCCGCCUCUCAGCGAGUAUCUGGCACAGAACAAGGUUCAGGAUGAGACCUGGUUGAAGCCUGAUGGAAGUGGGUAUAUCACCAAGUAUGACUUUACUGCCUGGUCCCGGAACCAGGAUUUCUUCGGUGUGUAUGGCGAUGGCUUUGGAAGCUGGUAUAUCAAUGCUGGGAAGGAUUAUUACAACGGUGAUCACCUUAAGCAGGAGCUGAUGGUCCACCGAGAGUCAUCUACCGGAGAUGCUGUGCAACUGAACAUGAUUCACGGUACUCACUUCAUGGCCUCUUCUUCCGAUGUAUUCCCAGAUGGCAAGAUGUGGGGACCUUGGCUCUGGUAUCUUAACGACGGCGACAAGCAAGACGCAGCCAAGCAGGCCGCCAAAGAAUUCAGUUCCUGGCCAUACACCUGGCUAGACGAUGAGGACUACCACAGCCGAGGCGUUGUGAAAGGCAAGAUCGUUCUCUCCGACGGCCGACCCGCCAGCAACGCCGCCGUCUUCCUGGGCGACAACAACCCCAACAAAACCGCUCUCGACAUGGGCUCAACAUACUACUACACCGCAUACGCCGAUAAGAACGGAAACUUCGAGUUCUCCAACGUCCGCGCUGCCACGUACGGCCUGCAGGCCUGGUCCAACGGAAGCUCCAUCGCAGACGUGACCACAUCCUUCCUCCAGAACGACGUUACCGUGAAGAAGUCCGCAAAGACCAAUCUCGGCAGCCUCAAGUGGGAAGUAUCAACGAAGAAGAAACUUUUCCAGAUCGGCGACUUUGAUCGCUACAGUUACGGCUUCCUGCACGGUGGCGCACCGCACCAGCACGCACUUGUCGCCUCGUGCCCUGCAAACCUGACCUAUACCAUCGGCGAGUCCAAGACGAGCGAUUGGUGCUUCGGACAGACGUACCAAGGUAACUGGACGGUUCGAUUCAAGGCCGGGGCUGCUAGCGAGAGUGCAGCUCCGAAUCUGAUCGUUUCGUUGGCUGGAUACUCCUCGGGGGCUAGCACCAAUAUCCUUGCCAAUGGAGUCCAGGUUGGUAACAUGACUAGUGGUUCUUCGUUGCUGCCAAGUGAUCCUUGCUUGUAUCGUUCUGCGACGGGCGCCGGCGAGUGGCAUUUGCUGGAGUACUCGUUUGAUAAGGAUUUGAUUAAGGAGGGAUGGAAUGAGCUUACCUUUAAUAUGGUGAGGAACACUACUUGGCAUGGGUUUAUGUGGGAUAGUGUUGUCCUCGAGUGGUGA